CUCUCAGAGAGAAGCUGUGAAGCUCUGUCCUCAGUUCUCAGCUCAGAGUCCUCUAGUCUGAGAGAGCUGGACAUGAGUAACAACAACCUAAACGAUUCAGGAGUGAAGCUGCUUUCUGCUGGACUGGAGAGUCAUCACUGCUCACUGAAAACUCUCAGGCUGUCAGGCUGUCUGGUCACAGAGGAAGGCUGUGCUUCUCUGGCUUCAGCUCUGAGCUCCAACCCCUCCCACCUGAGAGAGCUGGACCUGAGAUACAAUCAUCCAGGAGACUCAGGAAUGAAGCUGUUGUCUGCUGGACUUGAGGAUCCAUACUCAAGACUGGACACUCUCAGGGUGGAGCCUGCUGGAAUCCGAUGGUUGAGACCAGGUCUGAGGAAGUAUUCCUGUGAACUCACCUCCUCCUGGGGGCCAGAUGUGAUGUAUAAUCUCUCCACUGCAUUCUGGGUCUACCCCAAGGCCUCCUACCAGUUGGACAUGUCUGGAAGACUUCCAAUAGAAAGCACCCAGGACGCAUCCUGA